AUGACAGAUGCGGCAUUUCUCGAUUUGCAGAACCUUACAGGUUGGGAGAGAGUACAUAUAUGGUGUUCGAGUGGUGAGAUGUACCCAGCAUCUUCUCACGAUGCAUAUCAAGAAACCAGUAUAAAAACCGAGGUACCAUCAGAUGCAGAAGCAGAGGACCCCCUCGCAAUGACAUUUCAAGGAGGAAUAAAGGCUGAACCUGAGAACCUUACAGGCUCGGAGAAAGAACGAAGUCUGUGUAGUAAGAUGUCACCAGCAGCUUCUCAAGAUGCAUAUCAGGCCAUCAGCGUGAAAGCUGAGGUAUCGUCAGAUGCAGAAGCAGAGGAGGGUUCUCAGGCAAUAACAUAUUCAGGAGUAGUAAAGGCUGAACCUGAGAACUUUGCAGAUUUGGAGAGAGUACAUAUAUGGUGUUCGAGUGGUGAGAUGUACCCAGCAUCUUCUCACGAUGCAUAUCAAGAAACCAGUAUAAAAGCCGAGGUACCGUCAGAUGCAGAAGCAGAGGAUCCCCUCGCAAUGACAUUUCCAGGAGGAAUAAAGGCUGAACCUGAGAACCUUACAGGCUCGGAGAAAGAACGAAGUCUGUGUAGUAAGAUGUCACCAGCAGCUUCUCAAGAUGCAUAUCAGGCCAUCAGCGUGAAAGCUGAGGUAUCGUCAGAUGCAGAAGCAGAGGAGGGUUCUCAGGCAAUAACAUAUCCAGGAGUAGUAAAGGCUGAACCUGAGGCUAUCCCAAAUAAACUUCAACCUGCGUUUGGUGAGGAGCGACCAUAUUCCUGUGAAAUCAGGAAUAACAUAUUCAGUCCUCAGAGCCAUCUAAAGACACAUCAGCCUAUACACAGCGGCAAGCAACAAUUUUCGUGUGACGUGUGCAGUAAGCCUUUCUGUGAUCAGAAAAGAUUGAAAAGGCACCAACGCAUACAUAACGGCGAGCAGCCAUUUUUGUGUGAAGUGUGUAACAAGUCAUUCAGUCGUCAGGAUAACCUGAAGAGACAUCAGAACAUACAUAGCGGGGAUCGGCCAUUUUGCUGUGACGUGUGCAAUAAGUCAUUCAAUCAGCGGAAUAAUUUGAAGACUCACCAACGCAUACACAACGGCGAGCGGCCAUAUUGCUGUGACGUGUGCAAUAUGUCAUUCAGUGAUCAGAGUCACCUGAAGAGACACCAACGCAUACAUAGCGGGGUGCGACCAUUUUGCUGUGACGUGUGCAAGAAGUCAUUCAGUCAGAAGAGUAAUUUUAAGAAUCACCAAAGCAUACAUAACGAUGAGUGGCCAUUUUACUGUGACGUGUGCAAUAAGUCAUUCUGUCGUAAAAGUGAUCUGAAGAAACAUCAGCGUAUACACAGCGGGGAGCUGCCAUUCUGCUGUGACGUGUGCAAUAAGUCAUUCGGUUUUCCGAGUGAACUAAAGAUUCACGAACGCAUACAUAGCGGGGAGCGGCCAUUUUGCUGUGACGUUUGCAAGAAAUCAUUCAGUCAGCAGAGUAAUUUGAAGGUUCACCAACGUAUACAUAGCGGUGAGCGGCCAUUUUGCUGUGACGUGUGCAUUAAGUCUUUCAGUCAGCAGAGUAAUUUGAAGGUUCACCAAGGCAUACAUAGAGAUGAACGGCAGUUUUACUGUGACGUGUGCAAUAAGUCAUUCAUUCGUCAGAGUAAUUUGAAGAUACAUCAGCGUAUACACAGAGGAGAGCGGCAAUUUUGA